UUUGGAAUUAGUACCAAAGAGAAGCUAACUAGUUUGUGUUCAACUCUGCAUAUCCCAAGUUCAAAUUCUGAAAAUAAUUUCACCUUCAAAACUGAAAUAGGACGAUACAAUGAUGAAAAAAAAGAUAUUGACCAUGAGACAGUGGUUGAAGAACAGAUCAUUGGAGAGAACUCGCCUCCUGAUUAUUCAGAGUAUAUGACAGGAAAGAAACUCCCUCCUGGAGGAAUCCCUGGCAUUGACCUCUCAGAUCCAAAACAGCUGGCAGAAUUUGCUAGAAUGAAGCCAAGAAAAAUUAAAGAAGAUGAUGCUCCAAGAACAAUAGCUUGCCCUCAUAAAGGCUGCACAAAGAUGUUCAGGGAUAAUUCUGCUAUGAGAAAACAUCUGCACACCCACGGCCCCAGAGUCCACGUCUGUGCAGAAUGUGGCAAAGCUUUCGUUGAGAGUUCAAAACUAAAACGACACCAACUGGUUCAUACUGGAGAGAAGCCCUUCCAGUGCACAUUCGAAGGCUGUGGGAAACGCUUUUCACUGGACUUCAAUUUGCGCACACAUGUGCGAAUCCAUACCGGAGACAGGCCCUAUGUGUGCCCCUUCGAUGGUUGUAAUAAGAAGUUUGCUCAGUCAACUAACCUGAAAUCUCACAUCUUAACACAUGCUAAGGCCAAAAACAACCAGUGAAAAGAAGAAAAAGAAGACCCUUCUCGACUGCAGGAAGCAUCUUCCAGGAGUGUGAAUGGGAAUAAAUAUGCCUCUCCUUUGUAUAUUAUUUCUAGGAAGAAUUUUAAAAAUGAAUCCUACACACCUAAGGGACAUGUUUUGAUAAAGUAGUAAAAAUUAAAAAAAAACUUUAAUAAGAUGACAUUGCUAAGAUGCUCUAUCUUGCUCUGUAAUCUCGUUUCAAAAACACUGGUGUUUUUGUAAAGUGUGGUCCCAGCAGGAGGACAAUUCAUGAACUUCGCAUCAAAAGACAAUUCUUUAUACAACAGUGCUAAAAAUGGGACUUCUUUUCACAUUCUUAUAAAUAUGAAGCUCACCUGUUGCUUACAAUUUUUUUAAUUUUGUAUUUUCCAAGUGUGCAUAUUGUACACUUUUUGGGGAUAUGCUUAGUAAUGCUAUGUGUGAUUUUUCUGGAGGUUGAUAACUUUGCUUGCAGUAGAUUUUCUUUAAAAGAAUGGGCAGUUACAUGCAUACUUCAAAAGUAUUUUCCUGUACAAAAAAAAGUUAUAUAGGUUUGUUUGCUAUCUUAAUUUUGGUUGUAUUCUUUGAUGUUAACACAUUUUGUAUAAUUGUAUCGUAUAGCUGUAUUGAAUCAUGUAGUAUCAAAUAUUAGAUGUGAUUUAAUAGUGUUAAUCAAUUUAAACCCAUUUUAGUCACUUUUUUUUUUCCAAAAAAAAAAAAAAAUACUGCCAGAUGCUGAUGUUCAGUGUAAUUUCUUUGCCUGUUCAGUUACAGAAAGUGGUGCUCAGUUGUAGAAUGUAUUGUACCUUUUAACACCUGAUGUGUACAUCCCAUGUAACAGAAAGGGCAACAAUAAAAUAGCAAUCCUAAAGAAAGAAUAUGGCAGAAAAAAGAUCUGUAAGCACAGUCUUAUUUUCUUCUGUUGUCCAGAAUACUUAUAAUUCUUGAGCCUCCCAGAAAUUGGAAGCUAAAUAAAGCAACUCAAGUUUCCUUUAAUUUUGCACUCCAUUACAGUGACUUGUGAUGAAAGCGAUGCAUGGAUAUUUUAAUACUCCCCUACACAUCCUGAGUUCUGAAAAAGAAUAGGCAACAGGCACCCCAAGUUAAGGAACUACCUCAGAGCACCUUAGACCAGGCCCAUGGGGCUAGGAUUGGAUUUUGGCACUCCUGCGGUGAGGGUGGGAGUGAAACAGGUGUGCGCGGCCUGGCGCCUUCUGGAGGAAAGGCACCAGUUGGCAAUAGGGCACAUGGGGAAGACCAGGCUUUUCUUUCCACUGCUCAGCUUCAGAGGCAGCUCCAGUGGGCCCUCGGCUCGUCCAACAGAAAACAAGGUUGUUUGGUAUCUGGUUUGAGAGCCUUUGCUCCUCCAUCUUAGUGGAGGCCUUACAAAGUGCCAGCAAUUGUGGCAAGAGAGUGCCAGUAGCUUGAUUUCAUGCUUCUAAAUGGACACUGAGUGCAGAUUGACGAGAUGAUUAGAUUAUUAGAAAAUUGUACUCUAGUACUUGACCUCAUGUUGGGACCUCUUAAAUGUAUGAUUAUAAUUUUUUAAUUUUGCUUAGGGUCAGAUAUAGGACUCAUUGAAAAUAUUUUAUAAACUGCCACAAUACAGCAAAAUCCCAUUUAUUCAAAUUGCAGUCAUUCUGAGUCUUUCUGCUGAGUGCUUGACUCUGCAAGGUCACUGACAGACAAGCUAGUAUGCUUACAUAGAAAACGUCCAGGACACCUUCUGGUCAGAGGUAUAGUCCAGUUUCUUACAGCUUCUUCACCAGGGGGAUUGGUGACCUAAUGACAGUGACCCCCCAAGGCUCUGUGGAAUUUUGAAGUGCCUUCUGAAACCAUAAGUGAAAAAUUUAACUUCAGACACUUGUUUUUAUUUGUCCAGAAUCUCUUCUCCAUUGAAUAUUUUGGUGGAACUGUGUUAAUCAGAAGACCCCAGGCUUUGCUGUAUCUGGCAGUCAGGAGAGACGGGAGCCCAUGGUAGAGUCCCCUUCGCAGCUGAGCACCCCCUGUGAGCAAGUAAUUCUUUCCAAGGCUGGACAGAGCCUUCUACUGGUGCCCAUCCUUCCUGCAAGCGCCACACCUUCCUUCCCACCAUCAGGUCCAGCAGUCCUGAUGUGGCUGUACUGAGAUGCUGCCCUAGUCAGUGGCCAUCAGAGGAGUCUGGAGCCACAUUGCCCUCACCCAGCAUUAUGCUGCACUUGAGCCUGGUCCUGGCACCAUCCUCGGGAUGCUUGCCCGAGGCCCCACAGCAGAAUAGCCCUGUACCCUGGGAAAGCCUGAGCAGCAGUCCUGAGCCACGCUGUGGCCUGCGGGAGCCAGGCUCUUGUGUGCAAGGAGGUCCCUCUUCCUCUGUGCCUUCAUCCCUUGGGGGAUGCCCUUGAUCGUCUCUUUUGUCCCGUUUUGUCUCCAAGUGAAACCGCCUUCACUCCCUGCCCCUUUCUCUGUUCUCGUGUCUUUUUCUCAGUCUGCAGAGUUAACUUCUAUGAGGAGUGCAAUUUGGAGUUCAAGACAAUAACAAGCGGGUUCCUUGUUGACGUAGCACUGGAUUAACAGCAGUAGUGUAGGUGACUGAUGAGCGAGCAGCAGUGUGGAAUCGUUCUCACUGGCUCUAACUUAAGCCCGCUUUGCUUGUUCAAAUUUAUAAUUUUGUUAAAGAUGUAAUUUACUAAAAUUUGAAAUGGUGUUCUAACAGUGAUUCCAUUGUCUCGAGAAUUACUCUGAUUUAUAGUAAUACUGAUAGACAUAUUUUCUUACAUCUGAGCAGAAAUGAAUGCAUGUUUCUAGCACAUGUAAUAUAAAACUCCAGAGGAUAAGUUUACACUUAACAAGAUGUUGUUUUCUAUUUUUGAAUUUCUUAUAAUUUCCCUCUCUGGGAGUGGGGUUGCAGGGGGCAUAAUAUUUGUAUAAAGAACUGUCACCCCAGAGUGACAUUUAUUUUCCAAGGUGACGCUGAGCUCAUGCUGUUGGCUUCGUGUGGUGUCGUGUGUGCUCCGCCUGGACUGAAGGCCUGAGGAGUUGAGGAAGAUCAGGGUUUUUUUUCCUAUUUGUUUUCAUGUGCAAGUUCUCCUAAAUGUCAGUUAUUUCACUAGAUUGGAGAAGGACCCUUUAAGAGGACCCUAUACCAUGCCUGCCCCUGUUCUUGAGCAAGAGCUCAAGAAAUGCAGAGUGAGGGAGGUGCCUGGGUGGUGGCAAGUCCUCAGAUCCUGCACAGGAGAGCUUGGCCCGCUGUGAAUUGGAAACCUGCUAAUUCCACCCACCAAUUGAUCACUUCCUUGCCUGGCUCUUUGACUUUUCUCAACACCUGACCAACAGCAAGGGUGGGGACCCUAAAGGUCAAAACAGUGGUUAGAAAUGAAGUCUCUGGCCGGAGCCCUCUCUGGUCUUUCAGCCCUUUGUUGUGGGUCCAUCCCUCCCCCCCCCCCAUGGCAUCAGUGCUGCUGCAGCGUCUCUUCAGAGUUCAUCCCAGCAGGACUGGCAGGGGCAUUCCACCCAAACUUUCUCCAAGAUGUGCUUGCUCAUGGUGCUGGCCCUGAGUUUCACAGCCUUCUCUUUUGACUUCAUAGGACAGAAGGGCUUCUGUGCCUCCAGCACACUGUAGCCUCGUAGCAGCAUCCAACUGAGUGAGUGGCUAGGUCUCAAGACACCCUAUUUACUGACCUUGGCCCUUCUCACUACUCAGGUUAUAUUCAGAUGCCCUGGCUGCUUCAAGAUGGUUCACUGCAGGCCCUUCAGACAAGUGGCAUCAGGUUAGAGUGCAGAUACAUGUCUAAGAGGCUUCUUGGCAUCUACCCUGGGCCUGGGUGGUCCACAUAGUCCUGGGAAAAACUUAAAGCAAGACUGGAUUGAUGGGAGGGGUGGGUGGCAGAUGUGUGAAUGGGUGCCACCCAAACCCCUUAUAAAAACAAAGGAAACCUGAAACUGAACAUUGGCAUUAGGCCACAAGCAAACCAACCCUCCCAGAAACUACUAAAAGGCAUGAGCUGCCACAUGGAGGGUUCAAGACACUCAGGCCCUUAGUAUUGUUGAAAAGGAGCAGUUGGCUGUGUGGUGUGUUGUCUGUAGCCUUUCUUGUCUGGGGCUGCUUGGUGUCUGCAUAUAUCAUGGAGGCAAGAAGGGCACCAGAACCAAUCGGAGCAACCUCCUUCUCCACACGUCCGCAGCAUUAGGCUUUGUUAUCUGCAGAUGGCAAGAAAAAUUCUGUGGUAUUCACUUUCUGCUAACUUCUGUAGGCCCUGGCUCAAGGACUUAGCAUUGUGUCUCAUGUUCAUCUUUUUCUUGUGUUCUUUGCCAUUUCUGGAAUUGUCCUUGGUUUUUCCUUAGCUCAUAGGUCAUAGACGCAGAAAUAUUAUAGUAUUUAAGGCAUCCGCAUCAAGCAUCAGAUGGCUUUGCAUCCAGAAAAUCAUUAACUCAGUUUGAAGCACCAAGCAUGUGUGACAUGGCUCUAUAAAAUAUAAUAAACGCAUACUGUUAAGCUUU